UUUUUUUUGCCUUUUCCUUUUCAUCAAACACUUUCUCCCCUAUAAAUUCCUCAUUCAACACACACAACCAAGCCACAAAACCAUCUCUCUUUUCUUCUCUCUCUAUAGUUUCUCUCUCUUAUUUUUCGACCAAAUGACGAACCAAAAUGCGUUGGGGAAGCAACGUGUGAACGAGAGGCUUAUGGAGAUAGCAAUGUCGAUUUCCGACUCUAACGAUUUACCAGCAACAAUAGUACCUGAAUUAAUGGCUUUGUUUGGUGAGUUUUUAACUCAGCAGAAAAACAAUCUCAUAAAACCUCUAGAAGAUGAAAAUGGCAAAGCAACAACCAAGACUAACAAAUGGAUUGAUUCCAUGAGAGCUUCUUCUCCUACCAGAACACGAAACACUUCCGAAAAUCGCGAACAAAUUAACUGGAAGCUUUUUCAUCCUUCAGCCUUGAACAUGUUUGAUCAAAUAAUGUACAAAGCAAACGGAAAACAAAUAGUUGUUUUUCUUGAUUAUGAUGGAACUCUCUCCCCAAUUGUUGCAGAUCCAAAUAAAGCUUAUAUGACUAAAAAGAUGAGAAUGACAUUGAAGGAUAUAGCAAGACAUUUUCCUACUGCCAUCGUUAGUGGAAGGUGCUUAGACAAGCUAUUUAGCUUUGUAAGAUUGACAGAAUUAUACUAUGCUGGAAGUCAUGGGAUGGAUAUAAAAGGACCAACAAAUAAGAAAAGCACUAAGAAAGGUGGUAAUGAUGAGGUACUUUUGCAGCCUGCAAGUGAAUUCUUGCCCAUGAUCAAUGAGGUUUAUAAAAUCUUGGUGGAAAAAACAAAGGAUGUUCCUGGAGCUAUGGUGGAAAAUAACAAAUUUUGUUUGUCUGUACAUUUUCGCUGUGUUGAUGAGAAGAGUUGGACAACAUUGGCUGAACAAGUAAGUUUGGUGCUCAAUGAUUUCCCAAAACUAAAACUAACUCAAGGAAGAAAAGUGUUGGAAAUUAGACCAACCAUAAAAUGGGACAAAGGAAGAGCUCUAGAAUUUUUGUUAGAGUCACUUGGAUUUGCAAAUUCUAACAAAGUAUAUCCAAUCUAUAUUGGUGAUGACCGAACUGACGAAGAUGCUUUUAAGGUUUUAAGCAAUAGAGGACAAGGGAGUGGGAUUCUUGUAUCUAAAAUUCCAAAAGAAACCAAUGCUUCUUACACAUUGCAAGAUCCAUCUGAGGUUGGAGAAUUUUUGCAGCAUUUGGUUGAAUGGAAAAGAACAAACUCUGAUAGCCACAAGUUGUAGAGAGGUAGAAGAAAGAAUCUAUAAAUGAGUUUAGGGAUUUGACACCGACCAAAGAAUUUGGUCAAGGGGUAGUUCAAAUAACAUCCCUUGUUUCAAAAUAGGAAAUAGUACAUGUUAUUGUUCCAUAAUUUUUAAUUUUUAGGGACCAAAAAGUCCAAAUAGAUUCUCUCUUUUUUCUUGUAUUAAUGUAUAAUUCUAUUCUUGAUCUUUCACACGUUUGCAUGCGCAUGCGAUAGUGAAAGACAGAUGUUUUAUGCCUUAUUUGUAAAAUCAGACAUUGUAACUUUCUUACUCUCAAUUGUACUUAUUGUACAGUGGAAAAUGUUAUGAUGAAAAUGAUAAUUGCCGACUUCAAAA